AUGGAUGCCCCAAGAGAUGGCUUCAAGUGGUUUGAAGAAGGUUUUGAUGGUUUCCCAAAAUCUCUACCCGAAGAUUGUAUAGAGUACACCAUCUAUCUUCUCGAUUCAACACUCACAGAUCUGGAGAGACGAGAAAAACUUCGUCAAGUACAGAGUGCUGGAACCGAGUUGACCAACCGACUACUGAAAGACUUUAUAUGGCAGCGUGAAGGUUUUAGGCUGUCGCUCGAACGCGAGGACGGUGGAAGCUUCUUACAAGGACGCACUAACUAUGGAGAUUCUGUCGAAGACGAGUGGCUCAUUCUCUAUAUUCUACGGGAGCUGAGCAAGCAAUUUCCUAAAAUUUGGAUCAGGACUGCAGACACCGAUGGGCAGUUCCUACUCAUUGAGGCAGCUAAUGUCCUGCCCCGCUGGCUGAACCCAGAGAUUGCAGACUUCCGGGUAUGGCUGAACAAUGGAAAGCUGUUACUCGUCCCCUUGGAGAGGCCGGGUGAACAAGUCAUCGAAGCGAAGCCAGGGCCGCUGACCCUGAUUGAGGCGUUGAAGAUUAUAGAGAAUCAACCAACUCAGCUACUGAAUCUCCCAGCGGUCGAAGCUGAAGCAUUCUACCGUCUUGAAAAAUAUCCCAAGCAGAUCUUGGACAGUCUUCAUCACGCACUGCUUACAGUUCCCAGGAAACUUGCCUACGUUCUCCACGAGGAUGUAGCCUAUAUAAGCGCCGCAGUCGAAGCAUUCUAUUUGCGCGAUCCCAUAGCUCUACGCCCACUGCAGGCCUCCAACCACAAUGAGCUCUAUUUCCCACCGACAGAUCCGGUGACCAUGUCUGUGAAGUUUACGAAAGUUGGUUAUGCUCAGCUCAAGAGUCAGCAGUUUGCAGCACCUGCGCAAUGGGCGGACUAUGCCUCCGCAAAAAGAGAAGCCAUAUCUCAAGGCAGCGCAGAGAUGGGUAUGAAAGUCACCUGCGGAUUUGAGAUGUUAAUGUGCGACACUCAAAAUCAGGAUAAGAAAGUUGUUCGGGAGAUCGCAAUGCUUCUCGAGGACAUUCGCACUGGACAAGACGAAUUGCCGACUGACGCGGAAAUUAAUAAGUGGGAAACGCGGGAAGACGACGAGGCUUGGCUUGAUAUCAACUUCGAGGAUUUCGAGAAGGAACUUGGGGGGAUUAGGAAGCCGGGCGCACGAAAGAGCAAUGAAGGUUUUGGGGACAAGGGUGCCCAGGAGAACCUUCAGAAGAUCGUUGCGAGAUUUGAAGAUUUUUUGAAUGAUGAUGCUGCUGGCGCUGACGGGGCCGAGAUCUUGGACGACAUGGACAACGACGAUGAGGAGGAAGACAGCGCGAUCAGUGAUGACAGCGAUGACGAAGGCGAGGACAAAGACGUCAGCUUCGAUGAAGACGCAUUCGCCAGCAUGAUGAGGGAGAUGAUGGGCAUGCCCCCGAUUACUGUUGGCUCCGUUGCUACCCCUAGGGUCGGCCUUGAAGAAGACGAGAAGAUCAAGGAUAUCUCGUCCGGCGAAGAGGACGAAAAGGGGGUCCAUCAAGCCAUGCAGGAUAUCGAAAAUGAACUUCGAGAAGCUGGAGCCCUGAAUCUAAACCUCAAGCAGGGGACUGAAAAACCAGAGUCGCAACGCAACGCAAUUGUAAGGGGCCCGAGCAGCGAACAAUCAAAACCACUAGCGGACGCGGAAGACGCUUCAGAGGAUGGAGAUGCGGAAAUCGAUUUCAAUCUCGCCAAAAACCUGCUGGAGAGUUUCAAAAGCCAAGGAGGUGUGUCUGGACCUGGUGGCAACAUGAUGAGCCUAAUGGGUAUGAGACUGCCUAGAGAUGAGAGUGAUAGGGGAGAUCGUUGA